CAAGUGUGGAGGAUUUUAGAGUCGCGUGGAUAAUUCCUUCCAUUUACUUGGCUCACAAGACAGAUGAGGUACGUGGAGAACACUGGUAGUAAGAGCAAGCCUGGCCUGCUUUUCUGCCUUCCCGACGCUGCUGCCAGUGCUGGCUCUGCUAAUGGCACAUUGCACUCCCCUGUGAAAGCUGCCAAGCUGGACGCCACAGCUUCGCACCACAACGCCUCGGCCAUUGCCCUGCCCUCUUCAGAAUCCAGUGAUUGCCCAGCGCUAGCCUGUAGAUCAGGCACCGGUGAAGAGCAUUAUGUGAGUGAGGCACUGAAAUUGGAGGAUGAGCCAAACUACAGAGAGUACAGAGAUGCCGGUACUAUUACUGACGUCUGUAAUAGUACUGAUCUUCCAGAAGUUGAAAUUAUCAGCCUACUGGAAGAACAGCUGCCACACUAUAAGCUAAGAGCAGACACAAUAUAUGGUUAUGACCACGACGACUGGCUCCACACUCCUCUUAUUUCUCCAGACGCCAAUAUCGAUCUGUCUACAGAACAGAUAGAGGAGACCUUGAAGUAUUUUCUUCUGUGUGCUGAAAGAGUGGGCCAGAUGACUAAAACAUACAAUGACAUAGAUGCUGUCACACGUCUGCUUGAAGAGAAAGAGCGAGAUUUAGAACUAGCUGCACGAAUUGGUCAGUCAUUGUUGAAGAAAAACAAAAUCCUCACCGAGAGAAAUGAGCUGCUUGAAGAACAAGUCGAACACAUUCGAGAGGAGGUUUCUCAGCUCCGUCAUGAACUAUCUAUGAAAGAUGAGCUUCUUCAAUUCUAUACCAGCGCUGCUGAAGAAAGCGAACCCGACUCUGCGUGUUCAACACCGAUAAGGCGAAAUGAUUCAACCUCUUCUGCUCAGAAUUACUUCCCUCUGGACUCUCUACAGAGGAAACUCAAGGAUCUCGAGGAGGAGAAUAUUGUUCUCAGGUCAGAGGCUUGUCAUUUGAAGACGGAAACAAUAACCUAUGAGGAAAAGGAACAGCAACUUGUCAACGACUGCGUUAAAGAGCUACGUGAUGCAAAUAUUCAGAUCACCUCAAUUGCAGAAGAAUUAGCCAAGAAAACGGAGGAUGCUGCUCGGCAACAAGAAGAAAUCACACACCUAUUAUCCCAAAUAGUUGACUUGCAGAAGAAGUCCAAAGCAUAUGCAGUCGAAAAUGAAGAACUUAGCCAACAUUUGGGUGCAGCCAAAGAUGCCCAACGCCAGCUCACUGCAGAGUUACGAGAGCUGGAGGACAAGUAUGCAGAGUGCAUGGAGAUGCUUCAUGAGGCGCAGGAAGAGCUGAAGAAUCUAAGGAAUAAAACCAUGCCCAACAGCACUCCACGCCGCUAUCACUCACUGGGCUUGUUUCCAUUGGACUCGCUGGCUGCUGAGAUAGAAGGAACAAUGAGAAAGGAGCUUAAGAUGGAGGACCCCAUACUGGAGGAGCAAAAGAUACACCACCGGCGUGUGUUUGAAACUGUGAAAAAUAUCAACCAAACUGUAAAGCAGAGGUCUUUGGCUCCUUCCCCCAUGAACAUCCCAGGGUCUAACCAGUCUUCAGCUGCUUCCAGUUGCCGCAGCACUCCCCGAUCAAGUUUUUAUGGUGGUGAUGUAACCAACAUUGUCAUAGACAACCGCACAAACAGCAUCAUUCUGGAAACGGAAUCAUGCAAUGAAAGUGAAGAUCCAAAUAAAAAGCCUGGAACGCCGGGAACUCCAGGAUCCCAUGACCUGGAGGCAGCAUUGCGGAGGCUGUCUUUGCGACGUGAGAACUACAUAAGUGAACGUCGCUUCUUUGAAGAGGACCGCGAAAGAAAGCUCCGAGACCUCGCCGAGAAGGGCGAGAUGUACAGUGGCUCCCUGACUCCCACUGACAGCAUCAUGUCCCUGGGCACUACACACUCAGGCUUGUCUUUCCUCUCCUUCUCCAGCCGCUCCUACCUGCCUGAAAAGCUGCAAAUAGUCAAGCCCCUUGAAGGUUCUGCUACAUUGCAUCACUGGCAGCAGCUGGCUCAGCCAAACCUGGGAGGCAUCCUGGACCCGAGGCCUGGCGUUGUGACAAAGGGCUUCAGGCCACUGGAGCUUGAUCUGGAAGAGGUGUACCAAUUCACAGACUUUGAAGAAGAUGAGCAAGGUGACCUUUCUUUCCAGGACCUUACUACCUCAACCCCUGUUCAGCACAUGGAGGCCUCAGGUGAGAGGUCACGAGGGCAGCAAGUAACUGUUACAGAGAGCGCCACUAUCUCGAGCCAGGCCCAGCCUGUCACCCAGGAGACACAGGAGCAGAAGUCUGCCGGUGAUGAGGUUUCUGUUCACUAUCCUGGUAAAUGUAUGUCACACACCAGCUCCACCUACACUUUCACUACCUGCCGCAUUCUGCAUCCCUCUGAUGAGCUCACCCGCGUUACUCCAAGCCUUAACACUGGCCCCACUCCAGCAGCGUAUGUUACACUGAAAUCCACUCCUGCUGCCACUCCGUGCACUCCUCGUCGUUUGAGUCUGGCAGAGUCCUUCACUAACUUGCGUGACUCCACCAAAACCACGAGCACGUCCCUGGGGCUUGUCAGGAUGUUACAAGAGAAAGGCAUCUCGGCUGCGGUCUACAAUCCCCAGAGCUGGGACCGGGUGCACAGUGUGCCCACUGCCUUCCUCAGCCCCAGUGUCACCAAAGUAGAAACUCUUCCUUCCACUCCCCCCAACUCUCCAACAGUGCUGCAGCCCAGCCCACCCUUUGACUUCAAGAGUUCCAGCCCUCCAUAUGACAACUUUUUAGCAUCCAAGCCCGCCAGCUCCAUUUUGAAAGAAGUAAGAGAACAAAGCAAGAGUAUUUGCAAUAGUGAGAGCCAGACAGAUGUGAGUGUCAGCAACCUCAAUCUGGUCGACAAGCUGAAGCGGUUUGGCAUGUCCAGACCCACGUGCCUGGCCGGUCCUGCACAGGCGACAUCUGUGACUGGCUUUGGGGGGCCUAUCCUUAAUGGAGCACGUCGACCCAUCUCCUCUUUUGGCCCCGGAGGACUUGUCAGGGAGAGUCUUCCUUUGGGCUGCCCCGUGGUGGUCACCAGUGCCAUAGGGGGACUUCAACUGAAUUCGGGCAUUCGACGCAACCGCAGCUAUCCUACCAUGGUAGGAGCCAGCAUGCAGAUGAAGGGCCCCGUGCCUCAGACUUCAGGGAUACUGAUGGGGUCCUCCCUUCCCAAGCAAACGAGCCUUCGGUAGAACUUUUCAUCAGUAUGCUUUGUUCUGCUUGGUUUCUUAAUCCUUAGUUUUAAAAAAAAAUAAUAAUAAUUUUAUUAUAGUGGUCGACACUCCUAUGUGCCUGGUGUAUAUCUUUUUUGUUUUAAGGUGCACUCACCCCUGAAUUGUACUGUUGUUUAAAAGAAGAAAAUUCUCUUUGUUGAGGUGCUCUCGAGAGUUUGCUGCAAUAUGUCUGAAAACUGUAGGAAAUGGAAACAAGUUAAAAGCAAAAUGUAAGCGUUUGCCAUUCUCUGCAUUUGGGGCAGCACUGAGCAUUACGCGUUCAGUUCUCCAUCUUCAGUGUGAACAUCCAUCCCUCCAUUGUGUGUAUUUACCUGUUGCUUUGUACAAUCUGUCCUUUUUUUAUUAUUGAGUAAGUCACUUGCCUAACCCAAAUGAUUGUUUUGCAGUCUCUGCAGCUCAGUUUGCCAAAAACGAUGGCCCAUAGCAAGCUGAAUGGGUUGAUGUGAAGUCUCCAUGGGAAAGCAAGACAUACUACAUUCCCAUAUGUGCCCAUAAAAAGGUAUUAGAAUAGAACAAGAAGAGAUGAGAGUAUUAAAUUAGCUGUGAGAAUUGUCGAAGGAGAACACGCAGUUGGAUGACAGGCAAGUUUCUUCUAUUUUUUGACCUAUCAAUCGAUCAUGGGACAUAUUGUGAAAAUGGUCAACUUCAGGAAUCAGGUUGUUUUGUUUUUGUUUAGUUCACAAUUACCCCUUAAUCAAUAUUCUCUGCCAAAUAAUGUUAGCUGUGCCAAAUAUCUUGACUGUGGCACCAGUUAUCAGUAAAUCCUAAUCAGUUUUGUGCAAUCGAAAUAAUCAGCUCUGAACAAGAGGAGUCAGAGUCGAACAGUAUUAGUGCCUCUAAUCACAGUUUGUUCAGCACUGCACAACUGCGUCGGACAUGUUAUUCGUUUGCCAUGUUGACUGAACUAUGACUAGCACUGAUUUUUUUUUGUUGUUGUUGUAAAUAUUAAAAGUGUUUAAAAGGUUCCUCUUUGAACCCUUUUAACGUGCAUUACUUCAUCAUGAAAUAAGGGUGUAGUAGGUCUUAAAAUGAGAGAUGUUUGGAAAAAUGAAGCAACCCCUGCAGGAAGUGUGCAUGGAUUUGAAUUGCAAAGAAGCCUAUUUAUUCUUUUCCUGAAAUAUUUUAGGUUUUUUUUGUCAUUAUUUGCUGUUGUAUGUGUGCACUUAUCGUGGACUAACUUGAAAAUUUCUCUUUCUUUUGAAUGUAUCCAGUAACAGCAGAUAAUAACCUAUACUGUAUAUUGAUUUCAUUAAUGGAUUUUAUCCAUUAUCACAGAAAGGGACGUGUGGUAUUUGUAAAUUGUAAAUAUGAAUACAAAAAAAGAAUAACUUUUUCCAGAAAAUAGAAAAAUAUCAAAUAAAAAUGGCCUAUAAAAUAAAUUAUGAUAAGAAAAAC